UCUAGUAGCACAUGGUUAGGAUUUGUACAAGUGAAGUGUCUAAAAAACACGUGUCCGCUAUUUAUUUACUUGUAUAUAAAAAGGAUAAAAUUAAAAACUAUUUAUUUGAAAUUAAUAUUUAACAGUAAUAAAUUAUAUAUAGUAUAGGUUUUAUAUUUUUAUAAAAUUGAUAAUGUCAAAGACAGUUAAAAAAAAAGCUACCACUGAAAAACCAGAGGGGACAAGACUUCCAAAUAAUAAACCGAUAUUUCAACGAGCUGUAAUUGGUCUUCAUGGUAAAAUUAUCAAUAAUACAUUGAAAAUUCACGUACACUCUACAACUCCGGGGCUUAAUUUAAAUAAAACACCAUGGGUAGAACGAUGGGAUGUCGAAAAUGUUAUGAAUUUAUAUAGUCCAUUUCCUUUUGCUUGCGAUCUACCAAAACCUUUAUUGCCACCGGCAAAAACUAGAAGACACCUCCACACUAAUGAUGAUCCUGCUACCGAUAUUUUAUUUACUAAAAGAUAUAUUAAAGAGGAGAUGGAUGCGAUAUUAGACAACUAUCAGAUGCAUCAAAAUGACCAUACUUCCCAAUUAAAAAAAGACCUUCAAUGGUCUGGUACAUAUAAUAAAGGUGAAACAAUAUUACCUCGUUAUAUUGCUAAUCUUGCAGAUCACAUCGAAAUGGAUCCAGAUCCGUAUUUUGAAGGGAAAUAUAAUUGGUAUUAUACCGGUGGAUCACUAAAUAAUCUUUGUUUUAAUGGAUCUAAUUUAUUAAUUUUUCCUUAUGUUAAUGAUUUAGUGGUAGCACCGAUAAGUCUUCGAGAAAAUUCGCUAUGGAAGCCAGCAUUAAAUAAUGCAACUAAAGUAAAUAUUGAUAAUACACUUUAUGAAACCAGAUAUAAUAUUUCGACUGAAAGUUGUCGACUUCUUGCGAGAUUUAAACACGAAUGUAUAUUUUAUUCAUUGACUGAAAAAAAUGGGGAGCUUAAUUUAAUAGCACUUGAUAAUAAAGAAUCUAAAUCUACGCCGUUUAUAAGCGCGGAUUUAAAUCCUAUUGAUCCGAAUCAGUAUUGUACAUUUAAUGUUGGACGUACUUUCGAACUCUGUGAUAUGGUAUCAGGAAAAUGUUUAUCCAAAGGUACUGUUGAUAUGACAAAAGUUCUUGAUGAUAGUUGGGGUAGUAUUAAAUAUACAUCCAAUCCAAAUAUUGUUGCUUUAACUGACAGAUGUUGCCUACAUUACAUUGAUUUAAGAGUAUCGUUAGAGAUACCGACAGUGACAAUGUGUCCAAAGUAUAGAUUAGAUCGUUGUGACAGUUUAUCAUUACAUUUUCCAAGUGCACGUCCUUCACGUCAUUACAUUGGAACGUAUCACAGUUUCUUAAUGUGCGAUGAUCGCUCACCAGACAAAAGCAUUCAACAGAAAUGGACUCAUCAACUUAGAACUGCUCCUCUAAGUGGAUCUGCAAUUAUGCAUGACGGAGAAGAAUUUAUAGUAAUAUCUAGUCUAUUACCAUCGGACAAAUCGAUAAUUAUAAAUACCUGGCAACACUAUGACGAUCCACACAGUUACCAUUUGCCUCGUACCCCGCCAAGUAUUUUAGAUACUUUGAGAGAAUCUCGUUUGUUAGGAAAAUGUUUGGAUCCAUUACUAGCAUCGCGACUUGAGUUAAGUGCCAUUGGAUCUACUUCGAUGAUUUAUGAUACGAAUGUUUAUCAUUUUUCUCAAAACUCACUGGAAGAUAUUUUCUAUUCGUGUUUCACUCAUGACAGUAAUGUAGAUAGGAUGGAUUAUAUUAAUGAUCAUGCUCGUUAUGCGUUGGAAGUUUGGGAUCGUCAAAUAUUGAAUCAAGAAAAGUCGAUAGCGCCUUUAGUGCUUACGGAUCGAUUUAAUAUGGCGCAUAUUUUUGAAAAGUUUUCCCAAACAGAGUUAAAAUAUGAACUAGUAGAAGAAGAAAGUUUUCUACCCGAGUACUGGAGACAACCGAUAGAUAAAUUAAAAGAAUAUGUUGAUAUAUUAGCGCCGGUGAUACUCAGCGCUUGGGAGCUAGAUGAAGAAGGAGAGACAGUGGCCACAGCGAAACCUCAUCAAAAAGUAUUGAAUUGGCUUGAAACGGCUGCCAGUGGUGAAGUUGAUGCACCUGUUGGUUCUUUAUCUCAGGAACCGCAAGAAAUGCAGUCGUCGCAAGCAAAUGACGAGGAUUACAUUCCAUUUACUCCGAUAAAUUCGCAAGAACUCAUAAGUGUCAGUCAGCAACAUCAAGAGUAUCAAGAAGAGCCAGAAUUGGAUACUAUAGAUAUUAAAGAAGAAAUUAUAGAUGCUGAUAUUGAUCUUGAUAUUUUCAUGCCCAAGAUUAAAGUCGUGUCGCAACGGAAGGAUACGAAAAAUAAGUCUAAGAAUAGUUAUAUUUCGGGAUUUUAAAUAAUUAUCUGAUACGAAAAUUAAUAAACAAAAUUGUUCGAUUAUUUUUUUAAGAAUUUAAAUAUUUAUUUAAAUUAUUAAUAAAAAUAUAUGUUUUUAUGGAUUAAAAUCAAAGUAU